ACCUUCUCUACCGCCUUAAUUAUAGCUUUCUUUUUCCCUCAUUUUCUUCCUUUUAUACCAACUCUUUCUAUUUUCCUUCUCCACCUCUCUUCUCCGGCGACUCUCGCCGGAAUCUCAACCGGGAACCUGCCAGAAAAAUAGUACUUCCCAUCUUCCAAAACCACCCUCUCACCAUUCUCGUUCCAAGUAUCACAAAGCUCACAGCACUCUUGUACACAGUUUUUUUCUUUUGUUUUGUGUUGCUACUCAUUCACCCCUGCAAUGCAUUCGGAACCUGUGAAUACUAGACACAUUUGAGGGAAUUUCAGUUUAAAUUCACAAAUUUUCUUCUGGGUAUUCUCCAGUGUCCAUGGCCAUAGUUUUCACUUGCAUGAUCUUGAAGGCCCUAGAUUGAAGAGCGAGGAGUUAACCUCACGCCACCGAUUGGGGUGUAAGCAGAAAGUGAAGAACAUAAAAAGGUAAUGAUGUUGAGGUGGGCAAGGGUUUCUGAUGGAAAGGGUGAUCACUGUGACAGUGAGGAGAUGGAGAUGGGGUUCAAUGUUUUGAGUGGUGAUGAAAUUGUCAAGUCCAAGAGGUUGAUUGUGAGACCUAGGAUCAAGGUGUGGAUGGCCCGUGCCAUCACUACAGUGAUACUUUGGACUUGUGUGGUUCAGCUGAUGGCAAUUGGGGAGUUGUGGGGACCAAGGUUGUUGAAGGGCAUGCCUCAUUGUUUCAGCCACCAAGAUGAAUCUCCAGCAAUUGCAAAGGCUUUUGUUCCGGCCAAGGUUGUCUUUCCACCAAAAAGGGUUCAUAAGAAUAAUGGUUAUCUUAUGGUUUCGUGCAAUGGAGGACUCAAUCAAAUGCGAGCAGCUAUAUGUGACAUGGUUGCUAUUGCAAGACACUUAAAUGUUACUCUCAUAGUUCCGGAGCUAGAUAAAACAUCUUUCUGGGCUGACCCAAGUGAGUUCCAAGACAUAUUUGAUGUGGAUAAUUUCAUUGGAUCCUUAAGAGAUGAGGUUAGAAUAUUAAAGCAACUACCACCUGGGCUCAAGAGAAGAGUUCAACAAGGAUUAUUCUACUCAUUGCCGCCAGUUAGCUGGUCGAAUAUAUCAUACUAUGAAAAGCAGAUCCUUCCUCUGUUACUGAAACACAAGGUUGUGCACCUAAACAGAACUGAUGCUCGACUUGCCAAUAAUGGACUACCUUUGGAGAUUCAAAGGCUGCGAUGUCGUGUAAAUUUUAAUGCUUUGAGGUUUACUUCCCAGAUAGAGGAACUUGGUAGGAAGAUAGUCAAAAUUUUGAGGCAGAAGGGACCCUUCCUUGUGCUUCAUCUUAGAUAUGAGAUGGACAUGUUGGCCUUCUCUGGCUGUACUCACGGAUGCGACACCAGGGAGGUGGAGGAACUCACAAGAAUGAGAUAUGCUUAUCCCUGGUGGAAGGAGAAAGUUAUUAAUUCUGAUCUUAAGAGACAAGAUGGUCUAUGCCCUUUGACACCCGAGGAGACUACACUGGUAUUGACAGCUCUAGGCAUAGACCAAAGCAUUCAGAUUUACAUUGCUGCUGGAGAAAUAUAUGGUGGAGGGAGAAGGAUGGCAAGUUUACAAGCAGCUUUUCCAAAUGUGGUGAGGAAAGAAACUCUGCUAGAACCUUCAGAUUUGAUGUAUUUUCAAAACCACUCAUCACAAAUGGCUGCACUGGAUUACCUUGUGUCUCUAGAGAGUGAUAUAUUCAUUCCAACCUAUGAUGGGAACAUGGCUAAGGUUGUGGAAGGACACAGGAGAUUUUUAGGCUUCAAAAGGACUAUAUUACUUGAUAGAAAGCAUUUGGUGCAACUCAUAGAUCAAUACACCAAUGGAUCACUAUGCUGGGAUGAGUUUUCCGUUAUGGUGAAGAAAACUCAUGCCAAUAGGAUGGGAAACCCCAAAAGAAGAGUUAUCAUCUCAGACAGACCCAAAGAAGAAGACUACUUUUAUUCCAAUCCACAGGAGUGUUUCCAAUUCCAAGAUGGAGCAUUGAGCAGCACAUGAUCCUAUCUCAUCUAACACGUGCCUCCUCUAAACAGUUUCUUCCAUCAGAAGGCGAUGCUAAUUGGUAUUUAUUUCAGGGGAGGACUCUGAUUCUGUACAUGAAUUAGGAUCUGAAACUGGAAUGAUUUUGACAAAAAUGGAAAAAAUUUUACUUUUUGAGGAACAGGGUCUUGUGUAAAGCAACAUCAAAGAGCAGUUAUAUCUUCUAUACUGUAAAGAAGAGCAAAAGAUAUGUAGAGUACUUUUACUACUAUUAACUUUUGUCUUUUUCUAAUUUCAUAGAUGGUUCUUCACCAAAAACUGAUGGUUGAGCGUUGAAAUAAAUAGAAGAUGUGAAAGAACAACGCUGAAGUCUCUUCGAA